CCCCCCGGGCACCCCCUCCCGCCCCCGCCCAGCCCCUCUCAGCUUUGCUGAGCCUGCUGGGACCUCCCCUGCCCUCACCCCCGCCUGGCCCGGCCCCUGCCGACAGCCUGCAGCCGGCAUCAGGGAGCUCCCCGCAGCCAAAGCCGCCCGCCCCCCCUGGGGCCACAGGUGCUGGCACGUGUCCUGUGGCGCCCCGAGCCUGCAUGGAGCUGGGCGGGGGCGAGGAGGGGGGCCCAAGUCCCGCGCUCUCCCUGGGCCCUGAGCCCUUGACCUUCCUGGGCCCGGAGUCAGGACUGCCACUGGGGCCGGCGUUGCCACCUUGCGCCUUCUUGCCUCUGGCUGUGCCCCUGCUGGGGGCGCGGGGGGGGCCGCCUGAGCCCCCCCUGCCCCUGCUGGGGCUGCCGGGGGAGCCGGAGGUGCUGGGAGGGCUCCCGCCCCUCCUGCUGGCGGCGCUGCUCCAGGGACAGCCACUGGGGCCUCUCCUGCCCCUGGGCCUGGACCUGCUGUCCCCACCCGGGGGCCUGCUGUCAGCCCUGCUGCCCCUGCCUGACCCCCCCGGCGAUCCCCCUGCCCGUGCCCCGGAGCUGCCUGAUGCCCCCCUCCAGCCCCUGCUGCUGCCCCCUGCCCCUGCUCUCCUGGCGCUCAACUCAGCCCUGCUGGCUGCCGGCCUGGGGGCCCCUGACGCUGGCCCUGGUCCCCCCCAGCCCGGCCUGGCCGGCCCCCCUGCGGCACCUACCUCGACUGGCGCCACGGCCGCAACUACUGAGGGCCCCCGCGCCGAGCCCCCCCCACUCGUCAGCCCCCUGCUGAGCGCCACACUGCUGGGUGACCUGCCAGCAUGGGGUCCCGGCCCCCUGCUCCCAAGCCAGCCGUCGCUCCUGUCCCCUGCUCUGGGGGGGGCCCUGGGGCUGCAGCUGCUUCAGGCCCAGCCCCCCUUGCUGGGGCAGCCAGGAGCCCCUGGCCCCCUGGCCUACCUGCUCCAGAGCCUGCAGCUGAGCUCCGGCUUUGCAGGCCCUGAAAAGCCGCUGCUGGCCCCUGGCGAAGUCGCCUCCCCGCUCCUGCCGGAGCCCGAGCCCCUGGCCCCCCCUGGCCUGGACAUCGUCCUUCCAAGGGACCCCUGUGAGGUUGCGCCCAUCGCGUCGUGGCCGGAGGAGGAAAGCCAGGUGGACAGCUCUCUGGCACGGCGCCCGCGGCCUGGCCGCCCUGUCAAGAACCGCCGGAGGAAGCUGCUGACGUAG